AACUACACUUUACUACACUCAUCUGCACUACACAAUCAUUCAAUUCACUCAUAAGUUGGAUAAACAAGUAAUGAAACAAAAAUGAAUAGAAUAGUAAAGCAAGUUUUUGCUUCAUACUAUUUAAAACCGAAGACAUUUUAUAGGUACAAAAGUGAUCAUUUGAAUAGUGAUUCUGGCACCAGCAGCAAAACUAAAGGCAAAAAAAGCAAACGAUACAGCCACACCUUAAAUUUACCAGUGACUUCUUUUCCUUUAUCUAUGAAAAGUGGUGCUGCUCCUCAACGAGAAUUAGAAAUUCAACAGUCAGACAGUUUCAAGACUCUUUACCAGUGGCAAAGAAAACAGAAGUGGGAUACAGAAUUUAUUUUACAUGAUGGUCCUCCAUAUGCCAAUGGGAAACCACAUGUUGGGCAUGUGGUCAACAAGGUGCUUAAAGAUAUUACAAAUCGGUAUAAAGUGUUGAAGAAAUACAAAGUCCACUAUCGUCCAGGCUGGGACUGUCAUGGGAUGCCCAUUGAAAUAAAAGCUAUUACAGAUAAAACUGGAAAGCCAAUACAAUUAUCUCCCUUAGAGAUCAGGGCUAAAUCAAAAAAGUUUGCUGAAAGGGUUGUUUUGGAACAGAAGAAAGCAUUUCAACAAUGGGGUGUGAUGGGUGACUGGGAGAAUAUAUAUAAAACCCUUGCACCUGAGUAUGAGGCUAAACAGCUGGAGGUAUUCUAUGAGAUUUAUAAAAAGGGCAACAUUUACAGAGACUAUAUGCCUGUUUACUGGUCACCUUCUUCCCAGUCAGCUCUGGCGGAAGCUGAAUUAGAGUAUAACCCUGUUCAUGUCAGCAAGUCUGUGUAUGUGAAAUUUCUUUCCAUCAUGCCACAAUUUUCUGGUGAGCUUGGUGAGGGCUCUCAAGUUUCUGCUGUAGUGUGGACCACCACACCAUGGACUCUUCCAUUCAACCAGGCUGUGUGCUACAGUCCUAAAAUAAAGUAUGCUUUCUUGCGUGUUGGUGACGGACCUGAGGUGUACCUGUGUGAGGAAUCAUUUGUUGAAUCUCUUAUGAAAAUAGUUCCAGUCAACCUAGAGCUUAUAUUUUCUGUUGAAGGUUCGCUACUACAAGGCUCAACAUACCUUCACCCACUGAGUAACAAACAGCUCCCUUUCUUACAGUCUGGUCAUGUUGUUGAAGGGAAGGGCACUGGCCUGGUUCACAUAGCACCAGCCCAUGGCCAUGAUGACUUUUAUGUUGCUCUGACACACAACUUACCUAAAGAGUGCCACAUAGAUGAGAAGGGCACUUAUGUUUCUGGUUGUGAUGCCUCUCUCAUUGGAAAAACUGUUGGAGUAAAUGCAAAUGAAGCUGUGAUAUCAGCCUUAGGGCCCAGGCUAAUGAAAUGUGAGGAUUAUACACACAACUAUCCAUACGACUGGAGGACAAAGAAACCUGUGAUCAUAAGGGCAAGCAAGCAGUGGUUUGUUGACCUCAGAGCACUGCGACCUCUAGCUUUAGAAAGCUUGUCAAGUGUCAGUAUAAUACCCCAGCAGUCUGAGCGAGGCAUGAUAACAGAGCUCAACACUCGACCAUACUGGUGCAUUUCUAGGCAAAGAACUUGGGGUGUCCCCAUGCCAAUUUUUUAUCAUAAACAAACUGACGAGCCUCUGAUAACUGGAGAAACUGUGGACCAUCUGAAGAAGAUGAUGCUAAAGCAUGGCUCUGACUGCUGGUGGUCCAUGUCUGUUGAAGAACUUUUACCAAACAGUUUGUUAGCUAAGUUAAACAAAGGUGUGAGUAGUGACUAUGUGAAAGGUCAAGACAUUCUGGACAUUUGGUUUGACAGUGGUGUGUCCUGGGCAUCUAUCCUUCAAGACUAUGGAGGCCUGGCAGAUGUUUACAUGGAAGGUAUUGACCAGUAUAAAGGCUGGUUUCAGACAUCUUUACUUACAAGUGUAGCAGUCAAGGGGAGAGCACCAUACAAGCAAAUUAUCACACAUGGGUUUACCACUGAUGAAGAAGGGAAGAAAAUGUCCAAAUCUCUAGGGAAUGUUGUGGACCCCGAGAAAGUCAUCUUUGGUGGAAAAGAUAAGAAAACUGAGCCAGCCUAUGGUGUGGAUGUUCUACGUUGGUGGGUGGCACACAGUCAUCACCACCAGCACAUAAUGAUUGGCCCUUCUAUCCUAGAGAAGUUCCAUGAAGAUGUUUUUAAGGUUAGAAAAUGCAUACGUCAUAUAUUGGGAAACCUGCACAAUUUCAACCCUGAAACAGAUCUAGUGGCUUAUUCCUCACUGACGGCUUUUGACAAAUAUCUGUUAUAUGUGCUCCACACUUCCUUGAUAGAGAUUGAGAAUGCUUAUGAAAGUAUCAGUUACCACAAAAUCACACAAAUACUUGAGAAGUUUUUCUAUUCAGAUUUGUCCAGUUUCUACAUUAGCAACACUCAUGACAGGUGCUACUGUAAUGCACCAAAAGAUUUAGGACGAAGGUCAAGCCAGACAGUCCAGUACUAUGUGGCUAGAGCCAUGACUUCAGCAUUUGCUCCCAUCUUGCCUCACCUAGCUGAAGAAAUCCACCAACAUAUCCCUGGCUAUCAGGCCAGUAGUUCUGAGGCAGACAGUGUUUUCAAACUGGCCUGGUUUCAUCCCAAGCCUGAGUGGAAUAAUAAAUGUGCAGUGACCAAGUUGAUGCCAGUGUUUGACAUGAGGCGGGCUGUCAUGGACAAACUGUGUCUAGAGAGUCCAGUCGAAUUUGACAUCCACAUUUACAGCAGCCCAAAGCUUCACGACCUUCUCAGGGAAAUCCAGCCUGAUGUAACAUCCUGUACAUCUUGUCUGUGUGAAGUUUUUCAGACCUCCCAGGUUUCUGUCCUGGAUGUACCACCUGCCAUUAUCCCUGAGGACAGUCUAAUGGUUGAAGGCAGCACAUUGGUCCAGCUUAAAGAGUCAGAGCAAGCAGUUGAUGUUGACUUCAAGAUAUUAGUAGUCCCAGCAACACUGCACAUGUGUGAGAGAUGCCGCAGGUACACAGCCAAGAGCUCCAACACACCUUGUGAGCGGUGCCUGGAUGUGAUAGCUCAACACUGGGACACGUGACCAGAACCCAACAUUUAGUUUGUUUCCUUUGUUGACACUUCAUGUAAUAUAAUCUCUAUAACAACAAAA